AUGGCCGGCGCCAUGGCUACUGGAUCUGGAGGUCGUGCUUCGAUGGUGGAUCAGAUGGUGGUGCAUGAGAAGCUGGAGGUGAAGCGAGGUGGCUCUCUCUUGCAACAAAAUGAGCACUUUGUUGAGAAUCGAACUUGCAGAGAUGUGAUUUGGGCAAUAAUCUUUAUCAUUCUUGCGGCUUGCAUUGCCAUUGGUACCAUUUGGACGAUCAUCAUGGUCUAUUCCUUUGAGAAUGUCGAGGAAGCGAAAGACCACAAAGUGUUCCUGAAAACUCAUGAGAACACAUUCAUCUAUGGUUUGAUGUCAAUUCUUGCCGCCGGCCUUGCCUCUGCUUUCUUCAGCAUUGCGUUCUUGCAAUUUACCAAGAGGAACACCGAGUGCGUUGUGUGGACAUCUUUGAUUCUUGGACCCAUGUGUUGCAUCAUCGCAGGGGCAUACAUCAUGACGCAGUCAUGGCUACUGCCUGGCAUUUGGGGCGCCGUCCUGGUCUUGCUUGGCGGGUGUCUCCUGGCUUGUGUGAUUUGCUGCUACAAAGACCUGGUUCCCAUGACGGUGCUGCUGUUGAGGACUGUGAUUCACGUGGUUGAGCUGCACCCGUCCAUUAUGAUCCUUUCUGUGAUCAGUGCCCUGCUCGCUGCAGCUUGGUCGCUGGCAUGCAUCACCUGUCUCCUUGGGAGCGUCAUCGUGGACGAAGACAUGAUGGUUCUCAUAAAGUCCAGGGCAUCGAAUUCUCCUGGGAAGGCAGCCUUGGUCUUCCUUUUUGCCUUCGUAUACAUUUGGGGAUCCCUGGUUGCCACAAACACAGCGCACACAGCAUGCGCUGGAGUCUAUGGCCGCUGGUACUUCGGGAAGGAUGGAGGUUCACCCGUUGCCCAAAGUUUGCGCGUGGCUUGGACCACAUCUUUCGGGUCGAUUUGCUACGGCUGUUUCAUUGUGGCCGUUGUGAGAGCAGUUGAACAACUUGUCGCCUACUUGAGGAAAGAGGCUGAGGAGGACGGGAACUGUGUCCUGGCCAUCCUGUUGAGGAUCAUCGAGUGCAUCAUUGAGUGUGCAGGCGACAUCAUUGAAGGGAUUACUGAAUGGGCAUACAUCCAGUGUGCGGUGCGGGCAUUGGGUUUCUGCGACGCGUGCUGGGCCACGUUUGCAGUGUGGUAUGCUGCCAGUAUUGAUUCCAUUAUUGCUGCGUGCUUGAUCGACCUAGUGCCUUUCCUAGGGGCACUCAUGGUAGGACUUUUGAGUGGAGCUACGGGUUUCUUGGUGUAUCACCUUCACGUGGUAGUUGGAGGCUACAACACCACAGUCUUUGCGUUCUGCUUCUGCAUUGGUUUUCUCAGCUCAUUAGCAGCUUUGAUGCCAUUGAAGAGUGGUUCUUGUACGAUUAUCGUUUGCUUCGCCGAAGAGGCUGAUUUCCUACGCCGCAAAGCACCGGCUCUCUACGAGGCAUUGGUCCAGAAACAGAUCGAAGAAGAUGCGGACUCCUCGAUGGGCUCAGCCAGUUCCUCUCGCCGAGGAUCUCAUCAACAUCAGAUCCAAAACCAGGGCGGCCAAGCGCGUGAUGUGCGAGCCGCGCCACUGAUGGAGAUGCAACCCCAAGGCCAACCACAAGGACGCUAAUUCAUGCCCAUCCUGCCAACAACUCCAUCGCCGGACCAUGCACAAAUUAAUUAGACCUUGAUGGAUUAAUGGAUCUUGAUAGUUCUAUUUGACGG